AUGGAGGACGACGAGUUGAAGUUGCGCACCCGACGGCUGCUGACCGAGUUCCUGGAACACCGCACCCGAAGGCGCGGCACUGCCCCGCAGCAGCCGUCCACGCCCGAGGCCACCGUGAUGCGCUCCCUGGCUGCUCAUUCGUGGCUGGGUACCCCGCACUCCUGGUCCCGGAGGCAGAGAAACCGACUCGAGCAGAUGGUCGACCAGAUAGAGUCGCUAGUUCCAGACGGCACAGACCCCAACUGGUUGAGCGUGGUGGCGCUCGUGUCCUUCGCGGGGGCCCUGCUGGAGAGACCGCCGCCAGGCCACUCGCAGGCACGCAGGGAAUGGGAUGCCACCGUUGACCAGGACUGCCAGCGCCUGGUCACCUUCCUGUGCAGUUGGCUCACGGAGACGCACCGCACCUGGAUGGAGGCGCAAGGUGGCUGGGAUGGCUUUUGUCACAACUUCAUGCCUGCACCGCCGCCUGGGGACAGACUGCUGGCUCCGCUUCUGAGGGCAUGCCUUGUACUCAUAAUCUUAAUCUGCUUGUGGAUAAAAAUCAUGGUUGCAAAGUGUUUAACCAGUUUCCACCUGCCUACCUGUGACCAGACAAGUGGAUUUGAGAUGUGA